GAAGAGACGCCAUGCUCGUUCAGUUAUCAGCUCUGGGUGAUCAGGAGCUAGCCGGCAUCCGGUCGGUUGUCAACUCGGCAUUCAGCCGUAAGAUCAUGUCGGUGGACGAUGCAGGAGACAGGAACAAGCAUGCCUUCAGAGAGUACCACCAUGACUCCAUGAAGAAGGUGAAGAACUUCUGGGAUCACGCCGACUUUGUAUGCUACGAUAACAAGCAGGGCUUUGCCAGCUGGGGAGCUCGCAACUGCUAGACACGUGGGCCUGUAUGUACUGCCGACAUUGUAGUUGUUCCCCGUGAAAAGUACAUGUUGGCUUGAGAUCGCAAUAAACUUAUGAG